CUGAUUUUAAUUUUUGAGUCCGGUUCAACCGGAAGUCGAUUGCCUGAUAUUCAUGUCACAUUGGUUUAUAUUUGAGAAUGACCUUUUUUCACUUUGGAAAUUGUGUUGCUUUAGCGUACAUACCGUAUGUUAUUGUGUACAAAUGUUCAGGAUUGGCGGAGUACAGUGCCUUCUGGAAAUGUGUCCAAGCAGGAGGUGCCUACCUGUUCACUCAGCUAUGUAAAAUGCUUUUGCUUGCCACGUUUUUCCCAGAAUCUGCUGCUUCUGCUGGUGGGCUUGACAUAACUGGAGAAUUCCUUAAAUGCACUGUUGAUCUUGCAGACCUUUUGGGUUUGCAUAUUGUGAUGUCAAAGUAUGCUGGCAAAGGGCAGUUGAAGUUUAUGAUAGCAGGAAUGGGAUGGGCCACUGCAGAGCUUAUAAUGACCAGGGUUGUCCCAUUGUGGGUUGGGGCCCGUGGAGUGGAGUUUGACUGGAAAUACAUACAGAUGAGCUUAGAUUCCAAUGUCAGUCUGAUCCACCACAUAAGUGUCGCCAUGUUGGUAUGGCUGUAUGGACGGAGUGAUCUUCAGAAAUCUCUCAUCCCCAUUGUGCUGCUGCUUUUGGGGUUGGCCUGCUAUCGUCCUUUGAUUGUAGAAAUCCUUAUUCAUGCAGUGGGUUUGGGUUCCUGGACUCUGCUCCUUGCCAAGGCAGCGUUCACUUCCUGUGUUGCUUUGGUAGCAAUGCAGAUGUACCUUGGGAUUCCAUCACAGCUGGCAAAUUCUCAUUACUAAAUGUUUAAUCUGUGUGUUGGAAAUUAUGAUUGUGAUGCAUCUAUGUUGUGGGCAUGCUUGAGAUGUUUUAUGUAGAUGGGCUUGGUUGAUGUGAGAAAUGAUUGUGAGCAUAUCAUAGUGUUUUGCCCUCUCAUCCUGCUGUGGAAUGAUAAAAGGAAGAAAUAAAUGAACCUGAAAGUCUC